UGGGCGCCCCGCGGGCUGCUGGCCGUGCCGCCGCCGCCCGGGCCGCUGCUGCCGCCGCUGCUGGCCGGGCUGAAGACCAAGACGGCGCUGAAGAGGCGCUGCAAGGACUGCUACAUGGUGCGGCGGCGCGGGCGGCUCUACGUGUACUGCAAGAGCAACCCGCGGCACAAGCAGCGCAAGGGAUAGCCUGAAUGUCCGCCGCCGGACCCCGCAGGACACGGAGCUGGCGCUGCCGGCCCGGAGCUCCCCCGCUGCCCGUGUCCCUGUCACCGCGCUGCCCCGCCGCCUCCGGGAGCUGCCUGCUGGCGACACGAGUCGCAAAAUGGUGUGUGUGUGUCAGUGUUUCGUCUUGCCGCACACCUGGAGCGAGGUGCGAUCCUGACGGAACUUGCUAGAACUUAAGGCCGUGGAUGCGGAGGACUGAAGUGGGAAACAACAGCCUUCAGGAGCUCUUGUCAUCUUAGUCGUGAAGCCUUAAAAUCACCGCGCUGUUAAAUUAGUAAGGGGGAAUCUGAAUCAUUGGACUCUUGAGGUCCAUUUGGGUUUAAUUAAAGUAAAAUGAAAAUAAACUCCAUUGGUGUUCAUUAUUACACUAUGCCUUGUUUUUUUUAACUUAGACACCACUUCUCCCUCCAGAUGUUGAUAACAGAGCCAUAGUUUCAAGCUCAGGUGGGCUCUCAAGUAGCAAAUGGUAUUAAAUAUAUUAUAUUGAAAGAUAGUGUUCUAGCUUUUGGCUUGGUUCAUAGGUGAGGUAGAAAUUUCUUUUUAAGCGUUGAGUUGCAGCAGGCAAAAUCCCAUGUAGCCUCAGUAAUGCCAGUGUAAACCAUUGUUGCUUAUCACUGGUUUUGAAAGGAGAUGGUGGUAUUUUAUUCACUGUAAAAGUAAUAAACACUUUUUAAAGUUCUAGUGUCCUAAGUCCUCACUUAAUGUUCACAGCCUCAUUCAUAAUGUUCAUAGCCUUAUCUUCCCAAAGAAGUCUUCUCUGACACUGUACCUCCU